UUUUAUUUCAAUUUUCUGCAUUCUGUUGCUCUACUUCACAUUACCUUUCGCACAAGCAAACUAAUUGAUGGCUACUGAGGGAAUAAGUGACAGCACAUCAGGCCCUAAUGCCAUUUCUGGCCAACAUAAAUUAAAUGAAGAGGGUCAAGAUGGAAUAAUGCACUCACCAUUGCCGCCUCAGGCACAGACACAGACCCAUUCACUUGACAUUCAAGGCAAAGCUUUACAGCAACAGCAACAACAACUACAACAGGACAAUGGCCCAAGUAGCAACGACGCUGUCAGCCCACAGGAGCUGACACUUUAUGUCGAGUCGCUUUUGCAGCAGCUAAAUACCAAGUUUGAUGGAGUUUCUACCCAAAUUUUCAGCAGAAUGGAUGAAAUGUCAUCAAGGAUCGAAGAGUUGGAAAAAUCUAUCGGGGAACUCGUCCAAAACGCGGAUGACGAACAAAAGGAUUCUUCACCCUCCAAACCUGCACAAGAAUAGGCUGAAUUAGUGAAUGAUGGCCUAUAUUCAUAAGCAAUAAGCGUUGCUAUGUCCACAAGAGGAAUGAGGCACUCCUUCAGGCUUUUAAUACAUUACCCGCUUCUAAUUCAUCACCUACUUCUAAAUAAAAUAUCCUCCCUUUUAUCCG